AUGGAGGAGAAGAGAAACACCAUUAAUGUAGUUAUGUUACCAUGGCUAGCCCAUGGUCACAUAAGUCCAUUUUUAGAACUAGCCAAAAAACUCACAAAUAAAAAUUUCCAUAUUUACAUAUGUUCCACUCCAAUAAACCUAAGUUCCAUCAAGAAAAAUGUGACAAAAGAAUAUUGUGAAUCAAUAGAAUUAGUUGAGCUUCAUCUUCCAUCUUUACCAAAUCUUCCUCCUCAUUACCACACCACCAAUGGCCUCCCACACCAUCUCACAAACACUCUAAUUGAAGCAUUUCAAAACGCCACUCCAGAAUUUUCAAAAAUAUUACAAACUCUUAAUCCAGACUUAGUCAUUUAUGACUUAAAUAUGACGUGGGCUGCUGAGUUCGCGUCCUCUAUAAACAUUCCUGCCGUGCAAUUCCUCACUUUUAGCAUUGCUAUGAUUGUUUUACUCCUCCACAUGUUUAAUAAGCCCGGAGUUGAAUUUCCAUUUCCUGAAAUUUACAUGCGUCAACAUGAGAUGCUUCAAAUGCAAAAGCUUGCAAUGGAAAACUCAAAAGUUAAUAUGAAAGACUCAUUCAUGGAGGCCAUUAGACAAUCGCGUGACAUUAUACUAGUGAAGGAUUUUGAAGUGAAAUAUAUGGAUUAUCUCUCUGAAUUAGUAUCCAAGAAAAUCGUCCCAAUUGGUUCUCUAGUUCAUGAUUCCAUUGAUCAAAGUGAUGUGGGCAUAAUGCAAUGGCUUGACAAGAAAGAAAAAGGUUCAAGUGUGUUUGUGUCAUUUGGGAGUGAGUGGUUUCUAUCACAGGAAGAAAUCCAUGAAGUAGCUCAAGGGCUAGAGCUUAGUAAAGUGAACUUCAUUUGGGUUAUUAGGUUUCCACAAGAUGAAAAAAUAAGUAUUCAUGAUGUAUUACCACAAGGGUUUUUAGAAAGGGUAGGAGAAAGAGGAAUGGUUUUGGAAAAAUGGGCUCCACAAGCCACAAUUUUACAACACACGAGUAUCGGUGGAUUUGUGAGUCAUUGUGGAUGGGGUUCAUUAACGGAGAGUAUGAAAUUUGGUGUGCCCAUAAUUGCAAUGCCAAUGUGUCUUGACCAACCAAUCAAUGCUAGGAUUGUGGAACAUAUUGGCAUGGGAGUUGAAGCAUUGAGGGAUGAAAAUGGGAAGUUACAAAGUGAAGAAAUUGCAAAAGUGAUAAGGGAAGUGGUAAUUGAAGAAAGUGGUGAGGGUGUGAGGAAGAAAGCUAGAGAAUUGAGUGAGAAGAUGAAGAUGAAAGGGGAUGAAGAGAUAGAUGGAGUGGUGGAGGAGUUGGUUGCACUUUGCAACAACAAAUGA